GGUUUGAUCAGUCAACAUUUAGUAUCUACACAAUAACGUUUGUGAGCACGGGUCGUUUUAUUGUUGGAUAUCGAAAUUUUUAUUCAAUCAACUCGCCAAGAGAGAGAGACAAUAAUCAUUUUAAAACAAUACGAAAAAAAAGAACUCGAAAUUAAACAAGAUGCGAGCAUUUAUUGUAUUAUCGUGUUUGGCUUUUGCCGCGGCUCGACCUGAAGCUGGUUACUCAUACCAGCGUCCUGGUGGAUCCGGUGGAUCCGGUGGCAUUGGCUCUGGCUUGUCGGGUAUUAGUGGAUCUAGUUUUGGUAUUGGACAUGGAGGCAGCUCAUUCGGUGGUAGUUUCAGUAGUGGCGGUUCAUCAAGCUUAAGUGGUUUUGGCGUUGGAGGUGGUGGUGGCGGAUUCGGUGGCGGAUUUGGUGGCUACCCAUCGGGUGGCGGCGGAGCUGCUGUUGUACAAAAGCACAUCUAUGUACAUGUUCCACCACCAGAGCCAGAAGAAGUUAUUCCACAACGUCAAAUUCCAGUUGCUCAAGCCCAGAAACACUACAAAAUCAUCUUCAUCAAAGCUCCAUCACCACCAUCGUACCAAGCACCAAUCAUUCCAGUUCAACCACAAAAUGAAGAAAAAACCUUGGUCUACGUUCUUGUCAAGAAACCAGAAGAACAACAAGAUAUUGUCAUUCCAACUGCUGCCCCAACUCAACCCAGCAAACCAGAGGUUUACUUCAUCAAAUACAAGACACAAAAGGAAUCGGGCGGCGGUGGUUAUCCAGCAGCUGGUAUUGGCGGUGGUUCUGGUUCUGGUUUGGAUUUGAGCGCACCGGGCCCAAUUGGUGGUGGCGGUGGAUCAGGCAUUGAUUUUGGUAGCAGCGGACAAGGAUCGCCAUCAACUCAAUACGGACCUCCCGGAAAAUCUGGACCAUACUAAAUUAUCCACCUAGUCUCUCUCUCUUUUGUAAAUACUUCUCUCACUAGUUGUUUAAGAUUUAAGUUUUUAUACGAAAACAAAACGAAACAAAUUGAAAUCAAAUGUUUGUUAAGAUGAAUUUAUUGCAAUUAAAAAAAAAUACGGUGACAAAAUUAA